CGCCUCAGUUUUCCAUUCUGUUCCAGUUCCACUCCGACUCUACUGCACACACUCCACACUCGACAUACACGCUCACUCCCACUCUCACACAUUGCACAUUAUACAAAGAGAUGCUCGCCACAGUGGCUCCGGUCGACGUCCACCUCGCUCGCCUCGUCUUCCUCCGCGCGACGCUGCUUGCCGACCACGCGCCAGUCGCUCAUGCGUCCCAAUCGACGCUCGCCCAGGCAGUCCACCGCGCAGCCACAGCCACUCCUGCUGCUGCUGCUGCCUCUACUACUUCUACUGCUGCUGCUGAUGCGCUGCAUGUUGGCGCCUUCCUGCUGCCUGCUGGAACCGCGCGUCCCAAUCUGCACGCGCUCGCUGCGGCCGCUCCGUCGCUGCUCCACGAGAUUGCCCGCGCAGUGACCUCUACCGCACACACGUCCAGUAGCAAUGCGAGCCUCGCUUCAAUUGCGGCGCGGGUCGAUGCGCUUGUGGCUCCAGCCGGGCUCGUUGGCGCAGGUUCGAUCGCCCGGCAGCCGCUCCCAUCGGGACUCGGUGCUCAAGGCCAAGGCGCACAAGCAACCAACUCCAACAGCAGCGAUGCAUGGCGACUCUGUCACAUUGCAGUCCUCCCAGCAAACCGCGAGAAUGGUUACGGCAGCAACGUCGUCCGCGCGCUGCGGCGGCAUGUGGAAACCAAGGACGGCAAGUACAUGUGGUCAACGAGCGAUCUUGACAUUUUCUGGGAAACCAUGGGCUUUGAAGAUGCAGGCGCGCAUCCGAUUGACGGCACGUCUCAGAAUGUCAUUCUCACCGACAUUGUCAAGUCCUUCUCCUGCCCAAGCGCGUUCUGCUAGCGCUGCGAGUGCUGCUUGUUUUUUUUGAGCCUUCGCCUAUGCCGGUGGGGACCUUGUGUCUGUCUUGUAAAUGCUAUUAUUGUUGUUUGUUUGUUCUUUUGUUCUUUUGGUCGUCUUGUACCAGUUCAAAAACAAGCUCAAGGAAGUUGAUCUUUCUUGCUCUUAUUUUCGUUCA